ACUCUCGCGAGACCAGGCGGAGAAGAGCCGGGAGGUCCUGCGCAGUGUGGAGGUCGUUGGAGUCACUUGCUCGCCGCCAGGUCCUUCGCCGCCUGGUCCGCUCCCCGCCCGCCCCAGCCAUGUUCUCCGCCCUCGCCCGGCCUGCCGGCGCCGCUCUCCGCCGCAGCUUCAGCACCUCAGCCCAGAAUAAUGCUAAAGUAGCCGUGCUAGGGGCUUCCGGAGGAAUCGGGCAGCCCCUUUCACUUCUCCUGAAGAACAGCCCGCUGGUGAGCCGCCUGACCCUCUACGAUAUUGCUCAUACCCCCGGAGUGGCCGCGGAUCUGAGCCACAUCGAGACCAGGGCAACUGUGAAAGGCUACCUCGGACCUGAGCAGCUUCCAGACUGCCUGAAGGGCUGUGAUGUGGUGGUUAUUCCGGCAGGAGUCCCAAGAAAACCAGGCAUGACCCGGGAUGACCUAUUCAACACCAAUGCCACCAUCGUGGCCACCCUGACUGCUGCCUGUGCCCAGCACUGCCCCGAGGCCAUGAUCUGCAUCAUUUCAAACCCGGUUAACUCCACCAUCCCAAUCACAGCAGAAGUUUUCAAGAAGCACGGAGUAUAUAACCCUGAUAAAAUCUUCGGGGUGACCACCCUGGACAUUGUCCGAGCCAACACUUUUGUUGCAGAACUGAAGGGUUUGGAUCCAGCUCGAGUCAACGUUCCUGUCAUUGGCGGCCAUGCUGGGAAGACCAUCAUCCCCGUGAUCUCUCAGUGCACCCCCAAGGUGGACUUUCCCCAGGACCAGCUGACCACCCUCACGGGGCGCAUCCAGGAGGCCGGCACGGAGGUGGUCAAGGCUAAAGCUGGAGCAGGCUCUGCCACCCUGUCCAUGGCAUAUGCCGGAGCCCGGUUUGUCUUCUCCCUCUUGGAUGCUAUGAACGGAAAGGAAGGAGUUGUCGAAUGUUCCUUUGUUAAGUCCCAGGAAACAGACUGUCCGUAUUUCUCCACACCAUUGCUGCUGGGGGUCUCCUCCAUUUGAGUACCGUGCUUUCUUCUCCAUUAGAGCUGACUGCAGAGUGUCUGGCAUCUCUUCCAUCAAAAAUCAGAACUAGAUAUUAUUUAAAAAUUAGACGGAAGCAUGAUGGUCUCGUCAGUAGCUUCACGUCUGAAGUCUGUGUCACUUGCUGCUUCUCCCAGUCCUGCUCUCUGCACCGUUGCAUCCCUCGGGCAGGUGAGCUGAAGGAAGGGCUGGCAGGGCCUGAUUCCUCAGGUCCCCUCACUUGCUAGGGUGGCAGCUCAGUGGCCGACACUAGGCCACUGCCUUCUGUCCCCGGUUCUCUCGGUGAGGUAUUUCCUGGCCAAGCAAACUCUGCCUUGGCUGACCUCUGCCCCCUCCGGACUUCGUCCUCCCCUGAUACUCAGUGGUGAUAACGACCCAAAGCCAGGAAGUGAGGGAGGCUGGGCAGGGGCAGGAACAACCAGAGCAAAGCCCCAGCAGCACCAACACGGGGAUUCGAGUCCUCAUUGGUGGCCUAAGGGGAUUGUGUUGCAUUAGCUGGGCUUAGCAUAAAUGUGAGGAAUUAAAGGGACCUGAUUCCCUUAAUGUUGGGUAGUCUGCUCCCCAGAAGCUGUGACCUCUAAAGUAGAAACAGAGCUCCAUACCUGAGAAAGAACGUUCUGGCAACAAGAGAUGACCUUCCGGUGAAAGGGCAGGUGGGGGGAGGGGGUGGAGCUACACCCUGGGGACCAACACUCAUUUACCUGCAGCUUUUUUUUUAAACUAAAAGUGAAGUGGAUUUUAUCAAGUGUGACAUUGUUUUCGUACACAGAUAGUAAUGUUCAUUGUUUAAAACCCAAAAUGUAGCCAAAUAAUAAAGCAGGCAAUAAUCACUGA